AUGAAUAUCAAAGAUUUACUUAACCAUGAUUCCGAAAUCAGAACAAGUGGUUAUAGGCUUGAUGAUUCAUUUGUUGUGGAAUGCUCAAACCAAAUUAAGACCUGUAUUAUUGCUCAAGCCUGCAGAAAAUUCAACAACAGGAACAAGGGCUCUAUUGCUGCUCCUAUGGACUUUGCCAAGUUCUUGGCUGCAGAAAAUAAAAACAACACCAAAGUAGAGAGUAUGGAUAUUGAUGAUGUCCAAGUCGAGUCUGUUGAGGAAAUCAACAAAAGCAUUGACUAUGUCUCUGAUAAUAACUAUGGAUAUUUGCAUGUCUGUAACCCAGACAGAGUGUACAACGUUCCAGUAGAACAUGUUACUGAUCAUGAACAUUUUGUUUCCACAUACAUGUCCAACAGUCGUGCACAGGCUGUCAGUCUGGAAUUGUUUUCCAUGUUUUUUGAGAACAACGUCUCUCAUGAAGUCUAUGACAAAUGCAUAAAAAUUGUCAAUAAGUACAUGGCAGAACUUGGAUCCACACAUGCACUUACCACCAUUUCAGCUAAAGUGGAUUCACUCCUAUCAUACUACAAGGUAGACACCUUGUUGAAGGAGGAGUACCCGGUGAAGUCCAUUGCAUAUGAUAUGUGCAUAAAUGGAUGCUGCCGGUUCUCAACAGUAGAAGAAGGAGACUUUAUCGACAAGGAUGAGACAUGUCCUCAUUGCAGUGAGGGCAGUUACAAAGUAGAGAGAGCGAGUGUAAAGCCUGCACAGACCUUUCAGAUCGUGCCUCUCUCAGAGCAACUGCAGUUCAAACUUGCCUACCCCGAGAAACGGGCCAAGAUGGCCUAUGAUACAAGGUGUUUGGCUGGCAGACGUGAAGAUGUACAUGAAGACAUCUUUGAUAGAGACGCAGUCAGAUGGCUACUUGAUUGUGGAGUGGUUGGUCAGGAUGACAUUUUGGUGUCCAUGUUUGUUGACCAGUUCAACUCAUUUAAAAAUGCCAAAAUGUCAUCCUCUGUUAUUCAUGUUAUUAACCUGAAUAUCAAUCCUAAAGAAAAAUACAAGGCAGGUAACAUGAUGCAGUUGGCUAUUAUACCAGGACCUAACCAUCCAAAAGAUAUCGUCUCGUUUUUGGAGCCUGUUCUUGAUGAUCUGAGAAACUUGAGGGCAAAUGGCCUGCAGUUUCAGACUGAUUCUGGACUGGUGAUUGCCAUGGUUCACCUUGUCAUGGCAACUGGAGAUACUCCAGCCGUCUCUGACUUGAUGAACCUGGCUCAUCACAAUGCCCAUCAUGGAUGCAGAGCUUGCAUCUCAUAUGGUGCAAGAGAUUCAAGCAUGCCUUGUAUUGUGGAAAGAGACGGACCGUUGCUGUUGAGAACAGAAGAGAGUCUAUACCAGUCCAUUGGAGGUAUGUAUGGCAUCAAAGGGCCCAACGUCUUCAAGGACUUACCCACAAUGACCAGUACUGCUUUCUUCAGACUGGAUGAGAUGCACCUUCUAGGUCACAGUAUAGACCAGCAGCUGUGUGAUAUUUCAGGUACGAAACAAUAG